GAGCCGAACGGAAUUUUCCGCAGGGGGAGGAAAUCCGUAUUUGCGCAUAGGCGAGGAAAAAGGAAUAGCCACAAAAACAAAGUGUUCGAAAAGCAGAAAUAAAAAGUUAUAUGAGUCCUUAAACCGAGCCAAUUGAAAUCUGAAAAUGAGCCACCAUCAGUGGGAGGAUCUGGAUCUGGAGUCGAAGCCAGUGUGGCCCAAGGAACGAGAUUCCCCUGCUAGCCAUGUAGAUGCAGUGUAGAUACCCGGGAGCAGAUACAAAUACAGAUACAGAUACACACACGGCCAGAAGUAGAAUCUAGAGGCCACAUUCCGCACAUCCUGCGUCAUGAAGGUGUUCCGGUUGCGUUUGGUCAAGGUCCUCCUGCUGGGAUUCCUGUUGGCCAAUUUGGUGUUCUUAUAUUACACCUGGAACACGCUGCUCUGGCGUCGGAUAAGUAGAGCCCUGUCCGGAGAAUCCAUUGCAGCGGAGGAGCCGCCAAAGGCUGCCAAACUGUCGCCCAAGGAUAAGGUGCGUAAUGCCAACAAACACAUCCGGAAGUCCAUCACCAUCGUCUUCUAUGGCCACUACAACUUUGAGCAGGAUCUGAGGGCAAGUAUAGAUAGCAUCCUGGACGUGAUACCCAACAUGCCCAUCCUGGUGCUCCAAGAUGGCGGUGCCGAGUAUGCCUAUCCGCCGGUGAACUAUGAGAGGAACCUGACCGCCGGAGAGGAGCGCACCGUGGUCUUUCAGAGUCUGGCCUUUGAUGUGCGGCACUCGCGACAGGAGCUGAAUCCGCUGGCCUCGAUUCGCACCAAGUACUUGCUUAUAAUGCCGGAUAGUGUGCGGCUGAGCAGCAAGAACAUCCUGCAGAAGAUCCUGCGAGAGAUAAAUUCUCUGGGCCUACCAGGACAACCCAAGGAGCAGCGGCCUCCCGUUCCGCAGGAAGAGACCGUUCGCCGGAUGGUGCUCGUACCCUUUGCCGGCAACCUCAAGUCCUUCAUCAGCUGCGUCAGGAUGACAAUGGAUCUGCCCGACUGGACGCUGGAACUGGUGGCCACCAACGAAACCAGACGAUGUGAUUUGUUUCUGCAGAAGCACGCCAUCCUUUUAGAUGCAACUGUUUUAGGAGCCAUGCCCGAGCCCUUUACUUUGCCCUUCCCGGAAAUGCUCUACAUGCAGGCCAAAAUUGCCAAUCUGUCGACCACAGUGUUCCCGCAAUCCUUCCAGGAGGGUCGUCGUCUGUUCGCCUCCUUUCACACCAAACAGCGGAGGAUGGACCUGCGUCGUCGACAAUUCCGGGACAUGUACAAGAAGCUGCAGAUCAAGCGGAUCGUGAGAAGGGCCUACAGGGUUCCCGGCAAGGCUCAGGCCAGGGAGGUGUGGGGCCAGGGUCACGGCUUGGUCCUGGAUGGCCAGUUCUCGUCCUCGAACACCUCGUUGCCCCUGAUCACCGACAUCGAUUUGUUUGGUUGUGAACGGACCACCAAGUCCUGCAUCGGCAGUGUGUACAAUGAGAGGCCCUACUACUCGUAUCUGGGCAAACAUACACCACCCUGCUGCCUGGACAAGCUGAGGACGACCUUCAACCAUGUGCUGGAGGAGUUCGAGAACGUGGGCAUCCGCUACUGGCUGGACAACCGGGCCCUGCAGAGCGCCAUCGAAACGAACCACCUUUCUCCGGAUGCCUACGACAUCGACAUUAGCUUCAAUGUCCAGGACCUGGAGCGUUCCAAUGCGAUGAAGAAGUCGCAGAGCAAGCCGUAUGUGGAUAACGAGGGAUUCUAUUGGAUCAAGGCUACCGAUGGCCAUUACUUCCGCGUCCAGUUCUCAAAACCCAACCAGGUGGGCGUUAAUCUGCUGCCCUAUGCAAUUACCGGAACGGAGGCGAAGCCCAGUGGAUUUUUUGGCUGGAAGGCCUCCACCUUCUCGGCGGACUAUCUGCAUCCGAUGUCCACGGUGCUCUUUCUGGGCAAGAGUGUUAUGUGUCCAAAUAAUGUGCUGGAGUAUCUGGAGGAAAAGCACAUCAAGGUCAGGUCCGCUGACUUGGAUGCGGACGAGGAUUGAGUCAUCUUUGCUUAAAAACCAUUCUAAAAAACAAACAAUUUUAUAAACCUACAAAGAAUUGUCUGUGAAAACGAUAUUUUAAUUUUAUUUUACCUGCUGAACACUAAGAUUAUUAAAUAAGAACAGUGACUAUUACAAUCGUGAUUACCAUGGAAUUACAUUCUACGAAGAAGCCAAUUGAAAUAAGUAAUUAGUCUGUCAGUUCAGUUUCUUGAAAUAAAUGUUAUUUCAGAAAAUUCGAAUGAAGUGAAAUAUGCAUUAAGAGUACAAUAUUUUGUAAUAUCUUUGGUCUGAAGAUUGGAUUCUUGAGAUCUUUCAGCCCACUAACAUUUUUGUUAAACACCAGACUUUAAGACGGAUUUGACUACAGUUU